ACAAGCACGCGGGGUUUUGUUAUUUUUUUUUUUUUAGAUGAAGUAACUGCUGUAUUUCCUCAUUGGAAGUCGUCUUUCAGAAAUAGCGGCUCCCGUAAGACUCAAAACCCGUUCCUACAGUAGAAAGGCUUGAGUCCAGAAGGCGGAGGUCACGGAACGGAAUUGGCGGGAGAAUAAGAUCCGGAGCCCCGGAGCUGAGGCUACCAGGACGUAAAGUUUACGGACACGGGAGUAAUGUAAAGAUUCUUGUUCUCCCAAAAGCUACCAAGAGCAAAACAUCAACAGUACCACCGUGGUUACAGAAGACAUCUGGGGAGAAAGAGAAUCUUCCUCGAACUUAAGGAAGCUGGUGGCAUCCAAUGGCUCCUGUGAAGAUCAGCCAUGUGGUGUCAUUUUCCUCUCAGGAUCCCAAAUAUCCUGUGGAGAACUUGCUGAACCCAGACAGUCACAGGGGACCCUGGCUCAGCUGCCCUCAGGACAAGACUGGACAACUGAAAGUGGAGUUUCAGCUGGAGAGGGCAGUGCCCAUAAGCUAUAUUGAUGUUGGGAACUGUGGCUGUGCUUUCCUACAGAUUGAUGUGGGUCGUUCUUCCUGGCCCCUGGACAGACCUUUCGUCACCCUGCUCCCUGCCACCAUGCUAAUGUCCCUCACUGACUCCAAGUCGGGGAAGAACCGCUCAGGGGUCCGGAUGUUUAAAGAUGAUGAUUUCCUGACUCCAGCCUCAGGAGAGUCCUGGGAUCGACUUCGAUUGACCUGCUCCCAACCUUUCACACGUCAUCAGUCCUUUGGCCUGGCCUUCCUACGAGUACGUUCCUCUCUGGGCUCUCAGGCUGACCCUGUAGUAGAUCCCUCAGCCCCUGGGAGCUCUGGGCUUAACCAGAACUCUACAGAUGUGCUGGAGUCUGAUCCUAGCCCCUGGCUGACUAAUCCUUCUAUCCGGAGGACAUUCUUCCCAGAUCCCCAGACGAGCACCAAGGAAAUUUCAGAGCUCAAGGGUAUGUUGAAGCAGUUGCAGCCAGGGCCCCUGGGGCGGGCGGCCCGCAUGGUGCUUUCUGCUGCCCGUAAGGCCCCUCCAGCCAGUAUGGUAAGCCCAAACAACAGCCACGGAGAACCAGGUCCCAGCCAUGCAGAGAGUGCAGAGCCCAGAGCAGAAGAACCAAACAGGAAGACGGCUGUGGGCAGAAGGAAGAGGAGGAAAGUGCAGGAGCCAAGGAGAUCGUUGUCCAACUCAAGUUCUCAGCCAAAUAGGGGGACAGGAAGGACAAGACAAAGACAGCACCGACCUCAGACCAAAAGUGAUGACGGUGGUGUGCAGGCUACUGGACAGUGCCCUAUUUGUUCAGGUUUCUUCAGUAUUGAGACUCUUCCCCAGCAUGCUGCAGCCUGUGGAGAGAGCCCCCCACCCCAGCCAGCUUCUCCUCCCUCCUUGUCUUCCUCGGAGUCAGUGCUGUGGCUGUCCUCCCCAGAGAGCUCGCCACCGCCUUCCUGGGUCCAGUGCCCUAUCUGUGAAUUACAGUUCUCAGCAAGAGAAAUAGAAGAACAUGCCAGCGCAUGUGGGGAAGUUUUUCCAGCCUGAACAAUGACGUUCUGUUGACCCUUUAUGUUGGAGGCUGGGGGAUGGAUCUCUGGUGGCUAAGAAGGGUUGGUUCCCCUCCCUCCAGCUGUUACGCAGGACUCCGCCUGCCUGAGAACACUGUGGACCCAGCUUGCUCCCCAUUCCUGUUGUCAAGGCUUUGUCACUAUGGUACCCAAUUCUCAAAGGAUAUUUUCCCCUUAGAACUUCUUUGGUAGAAUUGUUGAUCUCCCCAAGGCCUUAGGAUACUAUCUAGAAUGUGUUACCUAAUGCCCAUUUUCCUGAAUGGAAAACUGAGGCUCAGUCAGAGGGAAAUAUUGGCUGGAAAUUAUAAAGUUAUGAUGUUCUGGGAAGAUGAGUGAGUCUUGAGCGUGAAACUGACGAGUUCCACAUGACCUUGACCUUCUUCUGUGUUCUUCAUGGGUAUCUGUCUCAGAUGUGGUCAGAUGACUCUGAAACUUUCCACUUUACUUAUCAUGGGUGUGAAAUGGAUCUUCAGUAACAUGGAAACCCUUCCUCUUCCUACUCACAUGGUUCUCAAGGGAGCCAGAGAGAUUCCUUUCUAAGGAGUAGAUGAUUCUGGGCAUGGCUUAUAAAGGUUUGAGCAAAUCUCAUUCUAACUAUUUGAGAUAGUUGGAUCACAGUGUCUCCCCUGGAGCUGUGGUAGAUUCUGCUUUGAAGAAUUGUGCAGACUUCCCUUUUUCCCCAGGAGAUGUCAUCAUGUGGCACUAACACCCAUUCCCCUUGUCCCCAAGGUACGAGGCAGGGAGUGAGCAGCUGGUCCUGAUGAAGGGAGGGUGCAGGGUGGGGCUUUGGGUAGAAAUAAAAGAGGAUGCUAGGCACAGUCAAGGGAGAGGCAGAGCUGGAGUUCAAGCAUUCAGCCCCUGCCCACAGAGGUGGGUACAGCCAUGGACCCCCUCUCGGUAAGAGACCCCUGCUUUCCUCCCCUCUUCAUCCCAAUCCCCGGGGAUGCAGGGACAACCUGCUGCCAGACAAGUAUGGGAUGCUGCUGCUGGUGGGAGAGCCCUCGGAUCCCUGAUCCAGGGCCUAGAAGAAAAGAGCAAAGGGCUGGGCCUGGUAGAACAGGACCAAACAGCACUGAGGAGGAGAGAUGCUCCCCAAAGUAGAAGGCAGAGUGAGAGCGGGUGGUGCAAGGGAACAUCUUAAGGUCCUGCUAGAGCCCUCUGCAUAGACAAAGGGUUUAGGGAAAGCCCAGCUUGAAGACCCUCCAUGUGUGUGUGUGUGUGUGUGUGAACUUGUCCUUCAGAGAGAGAAACAGCUAGAAGAUCAAACCAGCAAGCUGGGAUCCCAUUCUUGCCAGAUUCUGUGUGCUUGUGUGUAGGUUAGGUGCCUACUGUGGCCCCGACCACCUACUCUAAUCACCUCUUCAGGGACCUGACACUGGGCCCUGCUAUGUGGGAUUUUUAUAAGAGUGGAAGUGAGCAGAGUAAACACUCCCCACACUAGCUUUUCCUACAUGAAUCUACAUAAUAAAAUGGUGAACAAGACAGUA